UCUCUUCCGACCUCAGGCCCCGAGGGUCCGAGCACCAACCAUUCAAGCAGUCAAUCAAAUUGAUGAGUUGACGACGAAAGGCGAAUUCUAUAAAGACCAGAAAGAGGAGAGAGUCAAGUUAAGCAACGAGGUAGCCAAGACAAGUAAAGGACAAUGGGCUCGAAGAAGAAAAAGCAAAAAUCCCUAGUGUCUGGAUCCAAUAAGGCACCAGCCAAGGCAGAAAAGGUCAAACACUCAGCUGCCCAGAAGAAAAAGAUCAAGGAAAAGAAGGCCGACUUCAACAAGUCCAAAAAGAUUCGGUCGGGUACAGUCACAAGGGAAGAAACAUGUGACAUGAUAGCAGAACUAAGUGAAUCCAUAUUGGAAGAUCCCACCAAGGCUUUCUCAUCUCCUGAUGCAGUCUUGACUCCAAGCAACAAUACCGAUAGCAACGAUGAUGCCUUGGAUGAUGCCGCUCCCAAGAAAAAGGAGACUCCCAGCAUGAUGAAGCAACUUUUGCAAAUUGCCAGUUUCGAAGGUGACGAAUACACGGCUCAGUUGGGAAUUUUGUCUCUCUUGGCCAUAUACCGAGACCUGAUUCCUAGCUAUCGAAUCCGUUUGCCAACUGCCGCUGAAAUGUCCGUCAAGGUCAGCUUGGAAACAAAGCGUCUUUGGGAUUACGAACGCGCUCUCAUGACCAAUUAUCAACAGUACUUGAAGCUUCUUGAAAACCUUUGGAACAAUGGAAAAUCACAAAAAAGUCUAUCGACACUGACUGUCACAUCCAUGCUCUGCAUGUGUGAACUACUCAAGGCCGCAUUUCAUUUCAACUUUCGCUCCAAUCUACUCAACAUGGUGAUGCGCCAAGUCAACAAUGGGCAAUGUGAAGAGGUUUCCAAUGCCUGCUGUAGCGCUGUAGAGCAUGUCUUUGCCAACGACACUCAAGGCGAAGUUGCCUUGGAGGCCACCCGUAUCCUUGCCAAAGCGAUCAAAGAUCGUGGUUUCAAGGUGCGACCAUCGGUUCUGAGAACUUUCUUGUCUCUGCCACUCCGUGUGCAUGUGGAUGAGGCGCAAGCCGCCAAACUGGCAACCCAGGCGAGGAAGCGAAAACGAGAUAAAGAUCUCAAAGCAAUCGACAAAGAACUUCAAGAAGGAGAUGCAACCGUGGACAAAGUCUUGCUGGCACGGUGCCAGUCGGAUACAUUGGAGGCUGUGACAGUGUCUUAUUUUCGCAUUCUGAAAAGUGACAAUCUGAACAGCAUGAAAGAGUUGCUACCAGCAUGUUUGGAAGGAUUGGCAAAGUUUGCUCAUCUUAUCAACAUUGACACAGUCAUGGACUUGUUAGAAGUUUUGAAACAAUUGCUGAAAGAUAUUGAUGCGCUUCCCUUGGAUGCAGCUCUGAACUGUGUCCUCACGGCAUUUCAGACGCUAUCUGGGCCCGGGAAGGAAAUGAAGAUUGAUCAGAAAGAGUACAUUUCACCACUCUAUACACAACUACCGCGUCUCAUCACAAUGGAUCACACACCAGGUGCUGAUGGCGACACUAAUGCUCGUCGAAAGAUCACGGACGCAAUGCUCAGAUGCCUCGAUGCUGCCUUCAUCAAGCGACGGGAGUACUCCACCACAAGGGUGGCUGCUUUUUUUAAGCAAAUACUAACGGUGGCCAUGUACACCCCCCCUUCUACAGCGGUGCCAUUGGUUGCCUUUGCGAGACAGUUACUGCAGCGGUAUCACUCGUGUCAGCAAUUGCUGGAAAACGAGUCGGACGCAAUAACGUCGGGACAGUACUGUCCGGACGUUGACGACCCGGAAUUGUCAAACCCUUUCUCGACAUCCGGCUGGGAGCUGGCAGCACUCAAGUUUCACGUUCACCCUGGAGUUGCCAAUCAGGCGAAGUGUGCAGCAACACUCAAGAUGUUGCAAAUGCCAGCAGAAGAUCCCGAUCGCCUGCUGGAAGAUACAACGACGGAUGAGAACGAACUAUACAUCAAGUUUCGAAAGAUCAAGAAACGACAUCCUCUGGAAGCACGGGGACAAAACGAUGACAAGAAGAGGAGGCGUGUUAGAUUCAUACAGCAACCUGUCAAGAGGGACCUCACACAUCUUGAAACAAGAGGAAUUGCGCUUGUCUAGAAGUGCUUAUGUUUGCAGCCGCCAUUCUUGUCUUGUUCCCAUCCAGUCACUCUUGGCUAAAAUGGUAUGAUCCAGGGACAAUGCAGACUGCAGUUCAACAGGUAGAAGAUCUCCUUUCAUAAUGCUCCACCCGUUUACUAGCACAGUUCAAUAGCUAGCUAGGGAACACAUUGAAUAAUUCACACACCCCUGCCUUACUCUACAUGUACCGUACGGUACAGCACCGACAAAAGCCAAGGAAGGCCUGAUCGUAUCAUUUUUGAAGAGCCACGCAAAAAGAUUCGAGGCCUCAGCGGCUACGGAAGUAUGGGAGAAGACGAUGGAGCAGAAACUGUUGCUCAAGCGAACGGGUUUGUCAAACAACUGGCUGAAUGUGGGACCAAUGUUGGAGGCAGAAGACAAUGGGAUCUUGACCUCUUUUCUGCAAACAAGACCUGGACUGGGCUAUCUAUCGAAGGCGCUCGAGAGAAUGGCAAAUUUUCAGCCACGGGGAGGCUGAAGCCACCCACCAAUGGCAUGCAAUCGAUGAUUAAGCAGCUAGCUAGCUAGCUAGACACAUCGAAGGCAUUCGCGGCAUUCCUAGCUAGACUGGAAUCUUCAUCUCCGGAAAAAUGACAGGUUUAGAUGAUACAAGGAUUGAUAACCACGAUAAGACGAGACCCAGCAGCGGUACCGGUAGCGUACCGCCAAUGCAGAAUCAGACGAGGCACGACGAGGAUGGGUGCAGUACUGGGGUUGGUUGAAGGAGCCGUGGAAGGCUUGUUCCACCCAUUUAAUCAUUUCAUAGGUACACGCAGUACCAGAGUAACAAGUGGAAGGGAAGGCCUGUGCGAACCCGUGGGUCCAAAAAAUUCCGUUCCGUCAUUGCGAAGCUACCGCUAGGACUCUUGAAGAAGGAAGCAGAUAAAUCGUAUCUAUUAAUAUUGUAUCAGAUAUGUACAUGGGAGAGAGAGUGCGCGGUAAUAGGAAGAGAGGUGCUGGGCAGGGAUCCAAGAAUACCUAUUGUGCCCUAGUAGAUUUGGAUUGGCUCCUUUGUAGCUCGGCCUUCUUGCGUUCCUUCUCUUCCUUCUUGAGUCUCUUUCGCUUCGCCUCGAUUUUUUGAAUCUGGAGUACCAUAUCGAAGUUAUCCUCAAGCUCGAUUCCUGGCACAAAGUUUGCGUGUUUCCUGCUGGAACUUCGGUGGCUACACUUGGUGCUUGACCUGUUGCUGGUGCGUUCGGAAGACCUGGCACGAUCGCUGCUGGACAUCUUCUUUUGACCGCGUCGCUUAGCUUUGUCGUCUCCGCUCUUUUGAUGAGAAACCUCCACAAGGUCUCCAUCGGAUUUGGAAGGGCACAUUUUCGCGAAGAGAUUCAUGGUUAUCAGGCUUUGUGGUUUAAUACCAGUCAGUGGGUUGUGUGUUGAGGAGGGUUUGUGGGUUUUGCGGAAGGAAGGUUUGGUGGUUUGUGGGGUCAGAUUGUUUUUUCUGUGCUUUUAAAUUUGUGUGAGCCUGUGUGAAAAGAGCCUUGGAUCUCGGAUCUCGGAGAAGUUAUUAUUGGUUUCAAUAAUCGCCUUUUACCGUACUAGUAUCUCUUGGACUGUAUACAAAAUCGCUGCUGGCCUGCUCGACAACCAGGUGGUCACCGGUACAGCUUCACCGGUAAGCAUGUGAAAUAGACAUCCAGCACUACGUACCGUAGGACUCUACGUGGCCGGUCACUGACAGAUACAAGCAAGUAUGUCAGACAAUGAUAGACUACUCUGUGUAUGAGUUCUCGAUGCGACUCGUCACUCGUAAUUUCGCUGGGAUAUUUGUUUAUCCGAAGGAAGGGGUCUUGGUCAUGCAUUCUAGUUAUGAGCUCUUCGAAUCUGCUAUAAUAGACCCACUUGCAAAGUGUAACAUUUUUCUCGACACCUGUACCAAGGCGUUUUAUCAAUUGAGAACUAUCUUAAUUAAAUCCAUGUAACAUUGGACAUCUCCAGGCUGAGAUAGAGAGACAAAAAGAGCUACACGGAACAUUUGGAAGCAUUUAAUCAAGAUCAAGGGCUUAUGUCCAAUCGUCGAAUGUCGGACGAGGUGAUCUGGCUACGGUAGCUAGCUACAAUGUCAUACUCAGUAGUACUCUACCUAGGAGUAUUAAUAACGCUUUUGUCUUUUGCACUUUAUUAAUACGAGACAUAACAUCCCAAUCUUGCCAAUUACCCAGGGACUAAGCUAUUUACAGAUAUUCAGUACUCAUUAUUGAGUACUUAGUACUCCUGUAGCGGACUUGAAUAGAAAAAACGCAACUGUGAAUUGUGAAUGCGUUAGAUGCCACUUUUAAACUUCAUGAAAACAUUGUAUUAAUAGAGUAAGCGAAACCAUGAUUCUCGUUCUCUAAGUAUACUAAUUAAAUUUCUACACUGUACUUUUCAAGUGUGGCUGAGUUUCUUCGAUCAGUCGGUGGAGG